AUGUCUGUUCUUUCAUGGAACAUCCAAGGUUUGAACGAAACAAAUUUUCAAUCUCGUAUUGAGGGUAUUUACUACGAAAUUUGUCAAAAAAAACCCGAUGUUUUGUUGCUACAAGAAGUUGUUUCUAAGUCCUAUAUGUUUUUGAAAAAAAAGCUUGGCAAAGCUUACUCUUUUUUCUUACAUGCCAAUUCAGAGCCACUAAACGCGAAACAACUUGAUUCUUACAGAAAUAAAAGCUAUUACAACGUUAUUGGAGUCAGUACGUACGCUUUUACGAACGUCAAAAGCAUGCACUACUCUUUCCCUAACAGUAGUAUGGGCAGACAUUUUAUUUGUUGUUACUUAGAAUUAAUUGAUCAGAAAAAUAUUCCGCUUUUAGUGUGUAGCACGCACUUAGAGAGUUUAAAUCAAAAUUCUCAAAAACGUAUUGAUCAAAGUCGUCUCGAAGUCGAUGAACUAGUUGAACAAGAAUUAAACGGAGAAAGCCCACUUGAUCAAAAGUUCAAUAUUUUAUCUCAGUUGGCCACAACUGAUGACUUGCGCGUAAAAGCUUACGCUUAUCGAACUUUGUGUAAUGUCAGCUUUCGUUCAGAAUUUAAUGAUAAAAUUGAAGAAUUAACCAUUCUAUCGCAAAACACAAUUGAUAAGGAAUUAUCUUCUACACAUCACCCAAGUAAAUAUCUAGCAUUGCUUAAUUCUAAUUUAGUUUUGUCAAACUUCUAUUGUGGUAACGUUAUAAUGUUUCGUUAUUUAUUAGCUUUAAUGGAUAUCGAAACUCAUAAACUGAUGGAUGAUAAUAAUUAUAUUCUUUUAUAG